AUGUUGAUCAGAAAGGGGACUUUUCUCCUGACGCGACAACUCCAUCUGGGGCGCCCUUCUUACACCAAAGCCGCGUCGAUACUACAGGGAUCGACAUGGGAAAUUGAUGGAAAGGUGCUCCAAAAAGACGAUCGCUGGAAUCUCUCCCCCGCCGUGCUCCGAUUGCUUGAGCGCCAGCUUCUCAAUGAGCCCGCCAACCCGCUCGCCCUCCUCAAGCAGCGGCUGAUCAACUUUUUCCACAAGGAAUACCGGAAACCAGGAAAUCGCUCUCCGCUAUUCACGGUCUGCGAUCGCGAGCCGAGAGUCGUGACGGUGUUCGACAAUUUCGACUCGCUGUUGGUCCCGAAGGAUCACGUCUCGCGGAGAGCGUCCGAUACCUAUUAUGUUAAUGCUGAGAACUGCUUGCGUGCACACACCUCUGCCCACCAGUUCAGUCUGAUGAAGCAGGGCCUCGACAAUUUCCUGGUGAUUGGCGAUGUGUAUCGGAGGGAUGAGAUCAAUAGUACCCACUAUCCAUGCUUUCAUCAGGUGGAAGGCGUGAGAUUAUACUCGCCAGAAGAACUCUUCGGAAAUGCUCAACAUCGUGAUUUUGAACUAUUUGAAGAUGUGGAGAGGACGAAGGAGAAGCAGGGAAAAUUGACCGAGGACGCCACAAAAGCGCUGGAGAUCUCGUUGAAGUCGACGCUGGAGAAGCUGUGCGACACGUUCUUCGGGCAAUGCGAGAAACGAUGGGUCGACGCGUAUUUCCCGUUUACGCAUCCGAGCUAUGAGCUCGAGGUGUUCUAUGAGGGCAAAUGGCUCGAAGUCCUGGGCUGCGGAGUGAUGGAGCAGAAGCUGCUCAACGAUGCCGGCAUCACCGACAAGGCUGGCUGGGCUUUUGGUAUCGGGUUGGAGCGGAUCGCCAUGGUGUUGUACGGCAUUCCGGAUAUUAGGCUUUUCUGGUCUCGCGACUCCGGAUUUUUGUCUCAAUUUUCCGGAAAGGCGCCGGAAGACACGGUCAAGUAUCAGCCAAUAAGCGCAUAUCCUCAGGUGACGUUUGACGUCUCGUUCUUCUUGCCGCCGAACUGUGAGUUCAACGACAUGUCGGCCGACGUGUACGACACGAUACGGACUGUUGGAGGGGAAUUGAUCGAACAGGUGGAGCUGACCGACGAGUUCACGAACAAGAAGAAGAACACGAAGAGUCAGACGUACCGGAUUGUGUACAGGAGUAACGAUCGGGUGUUGACCAAGGAGGAGGUGAACAUCGUCCACAAGGAGGUGGAGAAGCAGCUGAUCGAUCAGUUCGGCGUCAAAAUUCGA